AUGGUUGAGCAUGAUAUCCGUUAUAGGGUUAACCAAGGGGAAAUCUCGCACAAACUUGAGGAGACGAAUCCUUCGAGAAAGAAUAUAGUGGUGAGAAUGAUGCAAGUUUCAUCUAGUGUUCGUGUCUUCACAUGGUUCUCUCUUCGAAAACACUUAGAGGAUAACCUCACCAAUCUCCACAAAUGCACCAACCUUCACUUUGUUAAACAAAUCCACGCUCAACUCAUCAAAUCCUCUCUUCACCAAGACCUUUACAUUGCUCCAAAACUCAUCGCUGCUUAUUCCCUCAAUUCUCACAUAACUUCUGCUGUUAAUGUCUUUAAUCAAGUUCCUGACCCCAAUGUUCAUCUUUAUAACUAUCUCAUUAGAGCACAUGUGAGGAAUAAUAAUGAUAAUGAUAAUAAUGAUGAUUUGAACACUUCUCUUGCUAUUGAAACUUUUUUAAAGAUGCAGGUUAAUGGUGUUUUGCCUGAUAAUUUUACUUACCCUUUUGUUUUGAAGGGUUGUAAUGGUCGUAAAUGGUUGAGUUUGGUGAGAAUGGUGCAUGCCCAUGUUGAAAAAUUGGGUUUUUAUGGUGAUAUUUUUGUGCCCAAUUCUUUGAUUGAUUGUUAUUGUAGGUGUGGGAGUGUUGACACCGCGAUGAGGUUUUUUUUGGGUAUGGAGGAAAGGGAUGUUGUUAGUUGGAACUCUAUGGUUGGUGGGUUGGUUAAAUGUGGUGAUUUUGAUGGUGCUUUGAAAAUGUUUGAUGAAAUGCCUGAGAGAGAUAUGGUUAGUUGGAAUACGGUUUUGGAUGGGUUUGCGAAGGCGAGGGAAAUGGAGAAGGCUUUUGAUGUGUUUGAGAGAAUGGGUGAAAGGGAUAUAAUUUCUUGGUCUACUAUGGUUUGUGGUUAUAGUAAAAAGGGUGAUAUGGAUAUGGCGAGGAUGUUGUUUGAUAGGUGUCCUAUGAAGAAUUUGGUGUUGUGGACAACAAUAAUAUCUGGGUAUGCUGAGAAGGGUCAGGUGAAGGAGGCAACAGGGUUGUAUGAUGAAAUGGAGGAGGCUGGGUUGAGGCCUAAUGAUGGGUUUUUGAUAAGUAUUUUGGCUGCGUGCGCCGAAUCGGGAAUGCUUGGUUUGGGGAAGAAAAUUCAUGAUUCAAUUCAGAAGUGUAGGUUUAGAUGCAGCACUAAGGUGUUGAAUGCUUUUAUUGAUAUGUAUGCAAAGUGUGGUUGUUUGGAUGCUGCGUUUGGUGUUUUUAGCGGAAUGAAGGUGAAGAAAGAUUUGGUGUCUUGGAAUUCAAUGAUACAUGGGUUUGGCAUACAUGGACAUGGUGAGAAAGCGAUCGAGCUUUUCACUAGGAUGGUACACGAAGGUUUUGAGCCUGAUAGGUGUACGUUCGUCAGCCUUUUAUGUGCCUGCACCCACGGGUCGUGGUUGAAUGCCAGAACCUAUGCUAACAAUACAAGCCAUAGAAAGGGUACAUUUUGCAAAGAGAAGAUGCUAGCUAAGAGAGGUGAGGCGAAGAGGAGAAAAAGACCGCCGUUCUUCACUUCAAAUUACAAAACAAUAUUUUGCCUUGAAAGGAAGCAAUCUUCUGUCUGGAAGGUUCAAGCACAUCCUAAUGAGGUUAGUUCUCAUCGAGUUUACUUUGAAUGA